UUUGCAAGGGAUGGUGUUUCUCAGGAAAGGCAGGAACUGUACAUCAAAGACCCUGUAAAAUACGGGCCCAAGCUUCGCAACACCCGUAUCGAUAAACUCGCCCCGGAUACAAAGACAAUGAAGAAGUCUGCCUGGAAUCGGGCCCUAAUUCACAAGUUUGCAGCCAAAGCACAGGACAUUGUCGAUAAUUGUGAAGACAACCGCUUUGGGGUGGAAGCCAUCGACUGGGUCGACCUAUUCUCAGAUCGUUUCUACGAUAUUUUCAAACAGGUUGUUAAAGCACGCCGUCAGCCCGGUGAAAGCCAUGAAGAUCGUGUUUUGCGCCUCGUUACUACUGACACUGAACGCAAAGUACGCAAUGCACAAGUCAGCCUUCGCCAUGCG